AUGUUUGUAUCUAUCUAUCUAUCUAUCUAUCUAUCUAUCUAUCUAUCUAUCUAUCUAUCUAUCUACAUAUCAGUCUGCCCUAUCUAUCUAUCUAUCUAUCUAUCUAUCUAUCUAUCUAUCUAUCUAUCUAUCUAUCUAUCUAUCCAGAUCGACGUAUUUCAGUUUGUCCAUAUCUAUCUACCCAUCUAUCUGCCUGCUUAUAUUUAUUCAUAUAUAACAUAUAUUAAUCUGUUCUCUUUAUACAAUUGUUUCUAUCUAUCUAUCUAUCUAUCUAUCUAUCUAUUUUUUCAUUGUUUCUCUCUAUCUGUAUAUCUCACUCUUUCUAUGUCCCUAUCUAUCGUAAACAAUUACAACUGUAAUCACCACUGUGUGCCCCAUACAUUUGGUCUACGCUUAAAAAAUCGUCUAUCUAUCUAUCUAUCUAUCUAUCUAUCUAUCUAUCUAAUCUAUCUAUCUAUCUACAAGAACGCUUUGAAUCUAUCUAUCUAUCUAUCUAUCUAUCUAUCUAUAUAUCUAUCUAUUUCAGUCUGUUCAUUAUCUAUCUACCUAUCUCAGUCUGUUCAUUAUCUAUCUAUCUAUCUAUCUAUCUAUCUAUCUAUCUCAAUUUCUAUCACCAUGUUUCUCUUUUUCUCAUAUAUACAGUUUUCCCCUUUCUUCUUAUUGCGAACCCACCUUUUACCAUUCAAUAUUUCUCUUCAUUCUUUGACCAUCCUUUUAAUUAGAAUGUCUUCUAUUGUUCAUUUUCACAAAUCCUUUCGAGAGACUGAAUUCUGUUCUCAUCUAUUUUCUGUUUUAUACUGCGAUCUCUGUAUCUAUCUAUCUAUCUAUCUAUCUAUCUAUCUAUCUAUCUAUCUAUCUAUCUAUCUAUCUAUCUAUCUCAGUCUGUCUCUUUCUAUCUAUCUAUCUAUCUAUCUAUCUAUCUAUCUAUCUAUUUCAUUGUUUCUAUCUAUCUGUAUAUCACACUGUAUAUCUGACUGUCGGUUUAGUUGGUUCUUUAUCUGUCGCAGUCCCCAUUUUCUAUCUCUGUAUAUAUGCAUAUCUAUCUCUGUAUAUAUGCAUAUCUAUCUAUCUAUCUAUCUAUCUAGCUAG